AGUCGCCGCGCGGGGCGGCCUGGGAAAGUCACCAGUCAGCAGCGCAGUGGCGGGAACCGCAGCCCGGCGGCCCUGGAACCUCCCAGGUCUCACUGAUCACCCAGACCUGCUCACCUGUGCUGCAGAACAAAGUGACCUGGAAGGAGAGAGGAGGCAGUAAGGAUCCAGGGCAGCAAGCCAUCUGUUCAUUGUUCCUGAAAGAGAAACUCUAAGAAGUGGAAGAAAAAGAAAUGGCUCAUUUCUCCAGUAAACAUGCCCCAGGGAACUACUGCAAAUGUGAUCCUGACCAUCAACAUGUGAAGACUGGAAAGGAGCCUUGUCAGUGUAAUGAGCUUGGCAAAGUGCUUCAUGACCCCUCGACAUGUGCACUUCAUAGAACAAGUGAAACUGCAGAAGCCUUUAAUAACUACAGUUACAAUAAUCACCCAGAUGCCUCUGUUGACUCUUUAAACCCACAUAGACACGAAAGCAUGCACACUGCAGAAGAACCUUGCAAAUCUGAAAUCUGUGAGAAAUCUUUAAAUUUGUUUUCCAACAUUACCCAAGAUCAGAGACUCUACUCUGCAAAGAAAGAGCACAGUCAGGGAGAAUAUGAUGACUGUUUUAGCUCUGCAUAUAGUUUUAUGCAGCAAAUAAUCUAUAUUAGAGAGAAACCAUUCCAAUGUGAGGAAUGUGGGAAAUGCUUCAGUACUGCCUCAAACCUCAGGGUACAUCAGAGAGUGCAUACUGGAAAAAGACCCUACAAGUGCAACAUUUGUGACAAAUCCUUUACCUGGUGCUCAAAUCUUAAAAGACAUCAAAGACUUCACACUGGAGAGAAACCUUACAAGUGCAAAGAAUAUGGAAAGCCCUCUAUCGGAAAGUCAAGUCUCAAAGGGUAUUACAGAAUCCAUACUGGAGAGAAGCCUUACAAAUGUGAGGUCUCACUGAUCACCCAGACCUGCUCACCUGUGCAGCAAAACAAAGAGGCCUGGAAGAUGGAGAGAGAGGAGACAGGAGCUAAGGAUCCAGGGCAGCAAGCCAUCUAUUCAGCAAGCCACCUAUUGUUCCUGAAAGAGAAACUCAAAGAACAGAAACAACAAGAAAUGGCUGAUUUUCCAGGAUAUACGUCCCAGGGUCUGUUGACAUUCUGGGAUGUGACUGUGGACUUCUCCCAGGAGGAGUGGGAAUGCCUGGACUCUGCUCAGAGGGCUUUGUACAUUGAUGUGAUGUUGGAGAAUUACAACAACCUGGUCUCUGUGGAGAACUAUUGGAUGUGUGAUUCUGUCCAGGAACAUGUGAAAACUGAAAAGGAGUCUUGUCAGUAUACUGAGUUUGGCAAAGUGCUUCAUGACCUUUCCACGUGUGCACUUUAUGGAACAAGUGAAACUACAGAAAACUCUAAUAACUACAGUUGCAAUAAUCACAGAGAUGCCUCUAUUGACUCAUCAAAUCCAGAUAGACAUGAAAGCAUGCACACUGCAGAAGAACCUUGCAAAUCUAAAGACUGUGAGAAAUCUUUACAUUUGUGUUCCAACAUGACUCAAGAUCAGAGACUCUACUCUGCAAAGAAAGAGCACAGGCAGGGAGAAUAUGAUGACUAUUUCAGCUCUGCACACAGUCUUAUGCAACAAACAAUCUAUGUAGGAAAAAAACUGCACCAGUGUGAGGAAUGUGGUAAAUUCUUCAGCUCCCCCUCAAACCUCGCUAUACAUCAGAGAAUUCAUACUGGAGAGAAACCCUUCAAGUGCAAUGUUUGUGACAAAUCCUUUAACUGUUUCUCAAGUCUUGAAAGACACCAGAGAGUUCAUACUGGAGAAAAGCCUUACAAAUGUGAAGUAUGUGACAAAUCCUUUAACGUGAUCUCAAAUCUUAGAAUACAUCAGAAAACUCAUACUGGGGAGAAACCACACAAAUGUAGGGAAUGUGACAAAUCCUUUACCCAGAGCUCACAUCUUAAAAGACAUCAGAGAGUUCAUACUGGAGAGAAACCUUACAGAUGUAAAGAAUGUAACAAAUCUUUCUCUAAGUGCUCAACUCUUCAAGCACAUCAGAAAAUUCAUACUAGAGAGAAAACUUACAGAUGCAAAACCUGUGACAUAUCCUUUACCCAUUAUUCAAAUCUGAAAAUACAUCAAAGAAUUCAUCCUAAAGAGAGACCUUACUUCUGUAAGGAAUGUGGCAAAUUUUUUACUAGCAACUCAUAUCUUAAAGUACAUCAGAAAAUUCAUACUGGAGAGAAACCUUACAAAUGCAAAGACUGUGGCAGAUCCUUCACCCAGUGUUCAACUCUUAGAACACAUUACAAAGUUCAUAGUCGAGAGAGACUGCAUAUGUAAGGAAUGUGGUGAAUCUUUUACUACGUGCUCAACUCUUGGAGCACAUCAGAAAAUUCAUACUGAAGAGAAAAAUGCUGUUGUAUAUAAAAUGACAUCACAUUUAUCUGGUGUUCUAUGCUUAUAAACCACAACAGUAUACAUAAUAGAAACAAAGAUAAGAAACUUGUAAAAGCCUUUAAAGGUUUAAAUCUUAGGAAAGUAUCACAGAGUUUAUAUUAAAUUAAAAUUCUGCAAAUCUG